AGUAACACAGUUCAGGGCCCUCCAUUGUGGAGAUAAUGUAUGAAGGUAAAAACAUUCAUUACACCUCGGGAGCUGAUCACAAACCUCUAUGUUCAUUCAGUGCCAAAAUAUGUAAUCAGCACCGCCUCAAUGGAUAUGGUUUCUGUGUGCGCCACAUUUUGGAGGAUCCUACGGCACCAUUCAGGCGGUGUGCAUAUGUGGCCAAGUCCAGCAAACAAAUGUGUACUCAGGCAAUCCCAUUACAUGAAAAACGAGAAUAUUGUAACAACCACAUGCAAGUUCUGGGAAUGCUUCCAAAGAAGGAGAAAAAACAGAAGCCUCCCAAAACAACAGUGCAACACCUACCAACAGUCCCUAGAGAUAAGCUACCAUUCAAAGACAGGGUCUCUAGAUUCAACUCAAGCAAACUUAAUUCUUCUCUGCCUGGAAAUGAUCUCAGAAGAUUGAGUAAAGUUCUAAAAAGUGAUGUAUUUAAUGCGCAGACUGAGGAUGUAGAUGAUCCUUAUGCUUUUACUGAUCCCGGUGGUGAGGAGAAAACAAUUACCACAGUCAAUACACUUCUUCCUUCGUCCAGCCCCUACCAUGAGCCCCCUCUGUCAGUCGGAUCUCAGGGUUCACAUGGUUCCAAGUCCCCAGGAGAUGGUGGUAUGGGGGUAUCCUCCAUUGCUAAGCUCUAUCCAGAGCUUGCAGAAAAAUUGGAGAAAAUUAAACCAAAGUUUGACACAGGAAGCAAGGCCAAGGAGAAGGGAAAGGCCAAAAGUUCUCGUACAAUGAAUAGAUUACAAACCAAAAUUGCUCAGAACAGAAUCAAAGAUAAAUUAAAACGAAACCAAGAAUCAAAUUCUCAGUCACAAUCUCCAUGCUACAAUUUCAAUAACUCAUCUGCAUCAAGUGCUGUUAACCAUUAUGAUUUCAUUGAUAGAACGGUGCCAAGUAGUUCCAAUGAAGCUUCACCACGCCAGCAAACACAAGGAAUUUUAAAUUCAAGUAGUCAUAAAAGAAACUCUGUGAACUCGCUACCUGUGUAUUUAAUGCCCCAUGGAGUUAAUAGUCUACCAGAAACACCAACAAAUUUCAGUCUCCCGGGACAAGGAUUUCUCCCUCAUGGAAUCCCCCAUGGGAUGCCUCUGGAAUUGUUGCCUGGAAUGCCUAACUCAGUGCCAAAACUACCACAAAACUUAUUCAGCUCUGAGAUGGUUAUGGGUCUUAGUAGUUUUCCAAUUCCACAGGAACCAGUACAUAAUCAUGUAGGGUCAACAUCGCUACCUCUCAGUUCAACUGUUGCUCAUUUGUCCACUCAAAAUUCUGUGAAAGAUAAUAUAUCAUCAUUGGCAGGGGAAGCUCUAAAACAGAAAAAUGUUCAGGAAAAGGAGAAAUAUAGUACCUUAAUACCAAGUAAACAACAACCCCCACCUGUUCCCCCACCCCCAUCUUACUCCCAGUCCAUAGCUUCUGGGUAUUCCCCCUCCAUUAAGACCACAGCCGAAAUUAAAACUGAGACCCAGUCGGUAUCUGGUGUAACACACAAAGACAUCCCUCCACCCCCUCCAUAUGAAAGUAAGCCAGCAAAAACUAACAAAUCUAAGAUUUCUACACAUGCUCUCUUUGGAUCCAAUGUAAUAAACAAUCUACCAUCAUCAGCCAUAACAAGACCUCAUAAGUUUAAGAUGGAAUGUGAUGACACUGUGUUAAAGAAAAAAUUUAAGAAAGAUGAAGUUGUGAACUACUACAAAGAUAUUGUGAACCAGAAGAAAGAAAAACAUGAUCUUGUUGGUGCAGGUUUUGAUUCCUUGGAAGAAACCAGCGACUCUGACAGUGAAGAAAUAUUGUCAUGGCAACCAGACUGGUUCUCCCCUUCUUCAGAUGAGGAGAUGCCUGAGGAUGAAGAAGAGGCUGCAGACAUUCUAAGGACAACAAAACUUGCCCUGUUGAGGGCUCGGUAUAGGAGGAGGUGCUUUCAGUACAGGAAGUCACACAAGACCAACCAUUCUCAUCAAAAGUCUAAAAAUAGUACAACGCUUGCCCUUAUAAAAGCCUCUAGGGAAGGACCCAGGGAAAUGGUAGCUGUUGUUAAAGAAAUGAUGCAUCAGCAGGAUAAAAUUAUUGACAGGUUCAAAAAGCGGGGAUUAGAAAGAAGACAAUGUUGUUACAAGCCUGAGGAUGAAGAGCAGUGUAAAAAUCCUGUCCUUCCCUACACCAAUCACUGUCUGUCUCAUAUUAUGUAUAACGUGGACCAGCAAUUGUUUGACUACUGCACGGCUAAGUUCGCUGACAACACCCAGUGUUGUACACCAGUGUUUGACAUACGCCAUGAACUUCCACUGUGUAUGGAACAUGCUAUGAAAGCUGAUAAUUACUUCAAGGACCAGGAUUCCGAGUCCAAACAGAAGCGUAUCAGGAAGAAGACCAAGCCUUCAGCCCUGACCAGACCACCACGAAAAGGAAAGAAGAAAAAGAAUGCUCGUAAACCACCCAGGCCUCAGAAACCCUCUCCUCCAAGUGAACCCACCGGAAUAACUGGAAUGCCAGUAGCAGUUACACCCAAAGUCACAGAGCCCCCUCCAGUUCCACCUAACGGUGGUGAAACCAAACAGUACAUCACACCACAGCCAGAGGAAUCCAUAAAGAACACUGUGUCACCCGUGACGGUGCCCCCCAAACCCCAGAACAGUCCCCCAGUAGCUGCAAUGGGAGGAAUACAAGUACAAGUAAAGACUAGACAGGAGAAAAACUCACUGACAGAGCUGUCUGAGAACAUGCUGGGUGGAGUGGACAACUUUAAUACAGAAUUGCCAUUGGAACAAGCCUCUAAACUUCUUGAAGAACCAGAUUUCCAAGAUGUCUUUAAUAAACUGCCAGAUGAAGCAUUCAAUUUAUUUGGUAAAAAUGGAGACUUUAAUCCUACCAGUGAAGAAUUUGAGGAACUUGAAAGGCAUCUGGCAGCUGCUAAUAUGGAUGUUUCAAAUGCUCAAAAGACGUUUGAAAACUUUGAUCUAGAUUUAGAUGAAGAACAACUUAAACAGAUUCUGUUUGGUUCUGGGAACAGCUCGACCAACUCUGGGCCAAUGGGUGGUCUUAACAACAGAGAGGACCAAGAAAGCAUCAAUGCAAUUGCUAGAAGUUUAUCAGCUUCUGAGCAGUUGCUUCCAAAGACAACUGUGUCAGAAACCAAUAUUCCAUUUUCUGGUGCUAAUGUUAACUCUUACCAAACUACAGGUGUUACGUACCCCCAGAUACCUGGUCAGGUACUGACUACUAAUAAGACUGUUACUCAAAGUAGCAUUAUGUACACAAACAAUUCACAGUACUCACAGUUUCAGACCCCUCCAAGCUAUGCUGCCACUCAGGCUAUGAACAAUCCUACGCCUCCAGCAUAUGUUGCUAGUCAGGCACUGGUGAAUCAGACUCCCACAAAUUAUGUCAUUAGUCAACCUAUGGUCAAUCAAACACCACCAAAUUAUGUUGCCUCUCAAGCUUUGCCAAAUCAUUCAUACCCUCAGCAUAUUACUUUAGGAUCCUCACAAGUACAACCAGUUGGAACUCAUUCUAACAUUUCUGAGAUGAUUCAGCAGGGGUCUAUCACAUCUCCCACAUCUGAUGUCAAACAACAAAAAGUUGCACCGUCAAACAAAGUGGUUUUGAACCAGUUACCAGAGCUAGCCACCAAGACCCAGGGACUCCCUGUUUCGAUGCAGGGUUCCUUACCGAUGACCCAGACUCCUUGGCCAAUCACCUCCGGGCAGGUCCCACCAUAUCAGAAUGGUUAUCCAAUGCAUGGGAUGUAUCUUCAGGGAACAAAUGAUAUGAUGACAAACUUGAAGUAUAACAUGAAUGCUCAACAUACAGACCGUGUGAAUCAAGUGGGGGAGGGAGUAGCAUCAUCUCACCAUGUGACACACCCUCCUGGGGGGACAUUACAGGGGAUUCCGGGGUUUGGUCACCAGCAGUUUGCUAAAUCUUUUACGGCAUCCAGUGGCAAUGGCUCCUAGUACUGACCAAGUAGUCGUUAGUUUUCUUAUUUAUGAAUAAACUAUUAGGUUUUGUUCCUUUGACUGGAGUGCAGGUAAUAUAAGUCAGUUUUAAUUCUUUUUAUAUAAAAAUAUUUUUAAGAUUUAUAUUUUUCUUUGGGAAAAUUAUUCAUCAUUGAAGGCUUGGUUUAUGUAGGUACAUGUUUAUGUAUAAUGUUUACCAAUGAAUUUAGAGAUCUGACUGUUUUGUGAUACUGUUUCAAGUACUUGUGUUGUAAUACAUGUAUAUAAUGUGAUUUCAUUGUUUGUGCCAUUCCAUAGAUUUCAUAGUUUUAUAUGUAUAUCCUCAUCUUUGUAAAUGUAGAUGUAGACCUCGUUUUAUAAAACUGUUUUGCAUUUGAACACAAAAGUAAGGACAUAAUACUAAUAUUUUAAGAAUUUUCAUUUGAGUUUAAACACAAAUGUUUUGUUUAUAGAAUUACAACUGCUUAUGUGAGAGAGGCAAACAUUAAUAAUGUUUAUUAUAUAAUUUGAAAUUGCAUCCCAAAAUAUACAUUAUGUAAAGAUUGCAUUUUAGUAUAAAAAGCAUCAAAAUAUUUUAUAUUGAGGACACACAUUUGUACGAUACCAUAGAUAUUCAUUCAUUAUUAACUACUAUUAAUUUAUUUUUGCUGCAAGUGUGUAUACUAUGCUGAUGAAAACAUAUAUUGCUAAAGUUAAAGUUUAGAGAACUUACAGAAAUUUUGAGAAAUAUUCUACAGAGUAUUGUUUUGUUAUUAUUGUUUGUUAUCAAGAAAUUAUGUAUUACAAGAUGAAAUUCUAGACGUACAUGUAUAUUGCAUGUUUAUAUAGUAUUUCUGUUGUUGUUUUCGUUUUGUUGUAGUGGGUUAUUGUAUAAAGGUAUAUGAAAUUUUUCAAAAAGUGAAUCGGGUCAUCAAAACAGGGAUUAAUUUAAAACCAUUAUUUACUCUGCUCUAAAUGUGCGUAUAUUCUAGCUUAUAUAUUUAAAUACUGUAUAUUAAUCAAAUAGAGGCAGCUCUUCUUUGUUAUAGAAUGGUUGUAAUGUUAACAUUACAUUGUAUUUAUCACAUUUGGAUAGUAACGUCAUGAUAAGACAAGUACGUUAUUAUAGUUAACAGACACAUUAAGUACAGCCGUGUAGACAGUAUUUUAUAGAAGAUGUAAUUGCAAUUAAUAAGACUUGCUGUUGUGUGUGCAUUCAAGUUUUCAAAGGCUAUAAUGUUUAAAUAUGGUAGGCACCGCAGAAUUCAAAACUUUAAACAAUAUACUUUUCCCCAAAUUCUAGAUUUAUUUGAAACUCUGUGGAGAGUUCUUUGUAAAAAGAAAAAUCCACAU